CACGGGACUAGUUGACGGUCAGCUCGCUUUAGCAUGGCAGGAAAGGCAGUUCUGCCUAGGAGGGCCGACCCCACUGAGUUGAAAGCCAUUUUUGAAAAGUAUGCCAACGUCAAGAAGAAUGAGGAGAGCUUCAUGUCGCCACAGGACUUUGUGAGCCGCUUCCUCCAUGCCCACACAGACAUCCGGCUGUUGGACGAGGCCGCGAAGCUGCUGGCUGGAGUCGUGGAUCAAAAGAAAGAUGGGCUGAUCUCCUUUCAGGAGUUCGUAGCAUUCGAGUCGGUGCUGUGCGCUCCAGACUCGCUCUACAUGGUCGCCUUCCUGCUGUUUGACAAGGCAGGCAGUGGAAUGACCAGUUUUGAGGAUGUGAAGGAGGUCUUCAGCCAGACCACCAUCCACCAGCACAUCCCCUUUAACUGGGACUGUGAUUUCAUCCGGAUGCACUUUGGCAGCGAGAGGGCGAAACGGCUAAGCUACGGAGAGUUCACCCAGUUUCUCCUGGAGAUGCAGCUGGAACAUGCGCGGCAGGCUUUCUUCCAGCGGGACCAGGACCACAGCGGCUCCAUCUCGGCCCUGGACUUCAGGGACAUCAUGGUCACCAUCCGGCCACACAUCCUCACAUCCUUCGUGGAGCAAUGCCUCGUGGCGGUUGCGGGUGGCACCACAUCUCACCAGGUCAGCUUCUCCUACUUCAACGGAUUCAACUCUCUUCUCAACAACAUGGAGCUGAUCAGGAAGGUCUUCAGCACUCUGGCUGGCCACCGCAAAGAUGUGGAAGUCACCAAAGAGGAGUUUAUUGUGGCAGCUCAGAGGUUCGGUCAGGUGACACCCAUGGAGGUCAACAUCCUCUUUCAGCUGGCUGACCUGUCAGAUCCCAGAGGACGUGUUGGUUUAGUGGACAUUGAGCAGAUCGCUCCGCUGGAGGAAGGCGCCCUGCCCUACAACUUGGCCGAGGUCCAGAGACAGCAGUUGGGCGGUGACGUCUCCCGGCCCAUCAUCACCCAGGUGGCAGAGUCGGCCUACAGGUUCUCCCUUGGCUCGGUGGCAGGGGCUGUGGGGGCCACAGCAGUGUACCCCAUUGAUCUGGUGAAGACUCGCAUGCAGAACCAGAGGGGCAGCGGCUCCCUGGUGGGAGAGCUCAUGUACAAGAACAGCUUCGACUGCUUCAGGAAGGUGGUGCGCUACGAGGGCCUCUUCGGCCUUUACCGAGGUCUCGUACCACAGCUACUGGGUGUGGCGCCCGAGAAAGCCAUAAAGCUCACAGUGAAUGACUUUGUGCGAGGAAAGACUCGACUGAAAGACGGCACCGUCCCGCUGGCAGCUGAGAUCAUGGCUGGUGGAUUUGCUGGCGGCUCCCAGGUGAUCUUCACCAACCCUCUGGAGAUUGUAAAGAUCCGUCUGCAGGUGGCAGGAGAGAUCACCACGGGGCCGAGGGUCAGCGCCCUGUCCGUCAUCAGAGACCUCGGCUUCUUUGGACUUUACAAGUCUGUGUAUUUAAGUGCUGUUUCUUGUUGGGAGUAG